AUCGUCAUUUUAUCUUUUGUCCUUACUUUUUUUUCUUCUUUUACGUCGAGGGAUUGUAACAUGAGUUCUCUCAAGUUGCAAAAAAGGCUAGCAGCCGAUGUGCUGAAAUGCGGUCGCAAAAAGGUCUGGUUGGAUCCAAAUGAAACCAAUGAAAUUGGAAAUACCAAUUCACGUCAAAAUAUUCGUAAAUUGGUAAAAGAUGGUUUGAUCAUCAAAAAACCAGUUGCUGUACACAGCAGAGCUAGAGUACGCAAAAAUACUGAGGCUAGACGUAAGGGUCGUCACAGUGGUUUUGGUAAAAGAAAGGGUACAGCAAAUGCUCGUACACCACAAAAGGACUUGUGGGUUGAUCGCAUGAGAGUACUUCGUCGUCUCUUGAAAAGAUACCGUGAGACUAAAAAAAUUGAUAGACAUCUUUAUCAUACUCUUUACAUGAAGGCCAAGGGUAAUGUCUUCAAAAACAAACGUGUUCUUAUGGAAUUUAUCCACAAGAAAAAAGCUGAAAAAGCCAGAGCAGAGAUGCUUUCUGAUCAAGCUGAAGCUCGUCGUACUAAAGUACGUGAAGCUCGUAAACGUCGUGCAGACAGAAUUACACAAAAGAAACAAGAACUUCUCCAAACAUACCAACGUGAAGAUGAAGCAGCUGCAGCACAAAAAAAAUAAUUGUAUCUAACGUUCAAUGAUCGUCAUAAAUAAUAAAAAAAAAAGAAACAAAAAUAU